UGCAAUUUCUGCACAACGUUUCCCCAUCCGGUGCCAGGUUCAGCACUUGUCAGCGUUUUGUCUUUGCAUUUUUGUUGUUAAUGCGGGGGUGAGGAGGUGAGGUUGUUCCUCAGAUGGGUUGUUAAAAAAAAAAAAAGCGCACCGAGCACAGGAUGAUUGUGAACGAGAGAAUUUGGACUCUUUUCAAGCGUAACUGGCAGCAUACCUUGACAUACUGGAGCGUUUUCUUCAGCUUCGGACUGUGCAUUGCUUUCCUCGGUCCCACGAUCCUUGACCUGCGGUGUCAGACGCAGUCCACGCUCCAGGAGAUCACCUGUGUAUUCUUCUCCCAACAAUUCUGCCUCCUCAUCGGCAGCUCCGUUGGUGGCAUCUUCAAGAGAACCCUGGCAUGUGCCCUUUCAGCCCUCUUCGUCUCUACACUGCUCAUCUCGGUGGUGUUCGCCAUCAUGCCUCUGUGCCACAACGUGCUGCUGCUGGCCGUCGCCAUGGCAGUGGCCGGCCUGGCCAUGGGCGUCAUUGACACCAUCGCCAACGUCCAGCUGGUGAAGACCUACCAGAAGGACUCUGCCAUCUUCCUGCAGGCUCUGCACUUCUUCAUCGGUUUGGGGGCAUUGCUGAGCCCCCUGAUCGCUGACCCCUUCCUGUCCGACACCAACUGCGUGGUGGGAAAUGGCACGGGGAACGGCACCAGGGAGCUGGACCACCUGAGGAACACGCUGACCGGGGGCCCCGUGCACAACCUCUCCAAAUACCACCUGCCGAUGGAGGGGGAGGUGGUCACGCAGGUGUCCUACGCCUUCUGGAUCAUGGCCGUCAUAAACCUGCCGGUGCCCAUCGCAGUUUUUGCGUUGAUCCAGCGGGAGAGGCUGACCGUCUGCUGUGGUCCCAGCAGCCCCCGCCUGCUGGAGCAGGACGAGCUUGCCAUGAAGGCCCAGGGCACAGGCAAGCAGGACCCCAAUGACUCGGAUUCUGGAGGCCACGGGGACCUGUUUGGCUGCUGCCGUAAUGAUGACCUCCACGGGCUGCCCCUGUCCUUCUUCGGAGUCCACAUUCUCGGAGGGAUGGUCCUCUUCAUGACAGAUGGCAUUAUUGGGGCGUAUGCAGGCUUUGUUUACACCUACGCAGUGGCUCCUCCGAUGUCCCUGCCACACAAGACGGCAGGCUACCUGGCCAGCGUCUUCUGGGCAGCCAUCACUGCAGGGCGGCUGGUGUCUAUCCCUCUGUCCUACAGAGUGCAGCCUGUAUACUUGCUCAUUGUCAACAUGGUUGGCGUGAUCGUCACGAUGCUGCUCCUCCUCGUCUUCCACAUGGACAGCUUGUUCCUGUUCGCGGGGACCUUUCUCCUCGGCCUGUGCCUCAGCAGUGUCUUCCCCUGCAUGGUGGCCUACACUGAAGACAUCCUGGAGUACCGAGGAUGUGUGACCACGGUCCUGGUGACUGGUGCUGGGAUGGGAGAGAUGGUCCUUCAGGUGCUGGUGGGAUCGAUUAUCCACAGCAAGGGAAGCUACAGCUUCCUGCUCUGUGACAUGAUUAUGGCCUGCGUGGGAUUCACACUCUUCUUUGGCCUGCUGAUCUGCCACCACAUGCACAGGUAGCUCUGAAGAGGCGCCCAUAGUGGAGGUACGGGACAGAAGCAAAUGACACUGUGAGAGUGGGAGUAAAAGAGACAGAAGGGGGGGAGAGAGAGAGAAACAAAGAAAGAUGGACUGAUACUAUACAUUGACCACAGAAACCAGAAGGGGGAGAGAAGCACUGACAGCACUGAAAAAGGAUGCUGGACUCAUGAGGAAGUGUCGCUGCCCCCUACUGUUCAGAGAACACAAAGAAACAGGGAGAUAGAACCCCCUCUUAACUGCAUUCAGUUUGAGCACAUUUCUUUGCCUCUUGUUUCAUAUUCCAGCAAUCUGUUUUUCUUUAAUGGAAUUUAACCCCCCCCCCCACU